AUGACGAUGUGGACGCUGCUAAUGAGGGAGGAGCUUUCCGUUUCCACGGCAACGUCGGCGCUUGUGCGGUCAGGGUCGGAGAUCGCCGUCGGAGGACUGCUUUCGUUUUACGCGCACAUGGACCGGCAAUCGCUGUCAGAACUCGAAAACAGACUUAUUCGCCUCAGCCAAGAGUUUGGUAUAAGGCCAUAUGAGGAUGAACCACUUCGAGAAAGUGCAGGCGACCUGUCGGAGUCUCUGUCAGAAGACGACGACGAGGACGACGAAAGGAAUCUCUCUGGUGUCUCCGCGGUGUCGUCGGACGGUUCGGCACCUAUGAAUCAUGGCUGGUGUCCGUGCCUUAGGUGCGUAAUCAUGCCGACUGUGGAAGAAUGCGUGUGCUGCCAAGAUUACACCGAGGUGCAACAAAAGCAACCAAAAGGAUGCAUAACGCAACACAACUACUUCGGCGUAUUAUGCCUAGACACGGAAGUGCUUUCUGUGGCACUCUGCGAGCCACUCGACACGAAUGCAUCAAUGUCACUGGAGAAACAAUACAAAAGGUUUCGCUUUGCUGCCUAUAGGCAGUUUACACGCUGGAUCUGGGGAUACCUGGGACCAGAUAACCGAAAAAUCCUCCCAGCCUGUGCUGUCACAGCCAUUAGAAGGGCAUUCCCCUCUACGUCCUACACAGGCUUCAAAAGUUCCAAUUCCUGAGUCUACAUUACUUGCAAAAUAAUAAAUAAAAACUGUAUCAAGCCAAA